CUCUUUGAAGUCCGCCCUGUCUGGUCUCGGAAUGCAGUAAAAGCCAAUAUCAGUGUCCACCCGGAUAAGCUGAAACUUCUGUUGCCGUAUUUGGCCUAUUACAUGUUAACCGGUCCUUGGAGAAGCUUAUGGGUUAGAUUUGGGUAUGACCCCAGAAAACACCCUGAAGCAAAGAUUUAUCAAGUAUUGGACUUCCGAAUUCGCUGUGGAAUGAAAUAUGGUUACGCCCCUAAUGAUAUGCCCGUGAAAGCAAAACGCAGCACGUAUAACUACAGUCUGCCCAUCACUGUCAAGAAGCCAGUAAGCCAUACAGUCAGCGUGCAUGAUCUGAAACAGGGGCUUGGUACAUCUGGUGCAUCCAGUGCAAAAAAGCCUGCCUCCAGCAGGUAUAAACUGAAGGAAUCCAUCUACAUUUUCCGAGAAGGAGCCUUACCCCCUUACCGGCAGAUGUUUUACCAGCUGUGUGACUUGAAUGUGGAAAGCCUACAGAAAAUCAUCCGUCGGAAUGAUGGCACAGAGUCAGAAUGUACAGAGCGGGAUGGGUGGUGCCUUCCAAAGACUAGUGAUGAUCUGCGAGACACCAUGUCCUUGAUGAUAAAGCAGAUAAUCAGAUCCACAAGACCUGCUCUUUUCUCAAGUACAACAAGCAGUGAAGAUGGCAAAGAGCAGCUGGCAUAUGAGUCAGGAGAGGAUGAGGAUGAUGAAGAGGAGGAGGAAGAGGACUUCAAGCCUUCUGAUGGGAGUGAAAAUGAAAUGGAGACAGAAAUUCUGGACUAUGUGUGA